AUAUUUGUUCUCCUUAAGGAUGUUUACUUGGAAUUUUGAUUGACAUCUCCAGUUAUUCGAUUUUUUUACGUUUAUUAUCUGGUUAGUGGUUACGUCGUUGUUAAAUCGUAUAUGUCUUAAUAGUUUGGCAACAAUGCAGUUCUUUCUUCUCUGUAGUCAUGCUCUUAAGAGUUUGAAAACAUUAAAGAGUUCAGUUCCUCUUCUUCUUCCACCAGUACAACAUAGACUGCACGUUCGCCGCUCUUACGACAUUAUGGCUGCCUCUUCUUCAACUAUGCCUGUGAUGAUCUCAUCCGUUGGCAUUGCUGUCGCAUCCGCGUCUGUCGUCAAUCUAGUUCCAACUGUGUCUACCCUCAGAUUAGUCACACCAGCUACUUUCAACAGUUACGUGUUUCUUGAUCUGGAAACCACAGGUUUUAUUACGACGGAAGAUCCAAUAUGUCGGAUCACAGAGCUGAGCAUGUGGGGAAUCGAGAGAGAGCAAUUCCUCAACUGCAGUGGAAAGAAGAUGCCCAGAAUCACAAACCGUUUGAACAUGUGUGUUGACCCAUCCAAAGAAAUCCAUCCCAUGGCUGCCACGAAAUCCAAGCUGGAUAAUCUUAAUCUCAGUCAUCAGAGUCCUUUUGACGAAGAUGUUGCUAAUACUGUCUUGAGUUUUCUGAAUCGACUUAAAAAACCCAUGUGCAUGAUUGCUCAUUACGGAUUCAAAUUUGACUUCCCAGUUCUCAAAUCGGAGAUUGCCAAUGUUGGAAAGGAUUUUUCUGAAGAUGUCUUCUGCGCGGAUUCUCUUCCAGUUUUCCGAACUUGCCAAAGUCUCGCUCCAGGUGUUCCGUAUUCUUAUACUUUGGAGAACGUUUACAGACGGAUUUAUAACAAUCAACCCGAAGUAAUGCACGAGGCCGAGGCUGAUGUGAAAAUGCUGUUUUGGGCAGCUGCCGCGACUCCGAGACCGUUUUUAAAUGCAGUGGCCAAUACUGCUGUUCCAAUCGCCACCAUAAACAAGUGUUGGUGAUGAACGUUUUGUUUCUACCAUUAUGCAUGAACUAAAAAAAAUCAAGCUCAGCAAUAAUUGAUUCACUGUUGUUUUAUUUUAAGAAAAACACUUUCAAAUAAGCUAUUUUUCAUUCUUCCACUCAGAAUUCUUUUGACUCGCUUUUUGAUUCUUGUUUCUUAUUGUUUUUAAUUUUUCUUCAACUUUUCAAAAACUCAGAUUGUAAACGAAAAAUGUCUUGUAUCAUCAUUUUCUAUGAUUUUACCGAUUUUUCAUUUUGAAAUUUGAAAUUAACAAUAAAUCAGAUUUAAAAAAAAAA